CAGACAGCAGCGAGGCCCGAUGCAGAGAGCUGCAGAGGAGGUGCGAGGAGCUGGAGGCCCAGCUGAAGAAGAAGGAGGAGGAGAACACGGAGCUGCUCAGGGACCUCGAGCAGAAGAACGCCAUGAUCUCGGUCCUGGAGAACACGAUCAAGGAGCGGGAGAAGAAGUACCUGGAGGAGCUGAAGAUGAAGAGCCACAAGCUGGCUGUUCUGUCCGGGGAGCUGGAGCAGAGAGCGAGCACCAUCGCUUACCUCACCUCGCAGCUCCACGCCACCAAGAAGAAGCUGCUGGCGGGCAGUUCGUCCGAGGCCAGCCCCAACGUCAGUCCGGUCACCUCGUACAAGCCCACGCCCCCGCCGUCCAAAGACAGGCAGCCCGAAACCCCUCGGCGCCGCAUGAAGAAGAGCCUCUCCCAGCCUCUCCACCCGGAGCUGACGGAGGUGUAUCGGCUCGGCCCGGACGGCAGACGGCUGGUCCUGCGGGAGACGGUAGACGCCAUGCCCGACCCCACGCCCUUCCUGCAGGCUGGGAGAGACUCUCCUGAACCGCAGGUAGUGCGAGAACGGCCCGCCGUCAUCCCUCCCAUCGCCUCCGAGCGCUCCCCCGUCACUCCCCUGGGCGCCAUGGCCAGCCCCCGCCACAGCCCCGCUCGGGACCGUCAGUACAGGGCUCACGUGGGCGUGGCGCACCGCAUCCCACACAGCACCCCUCCUCUGGCUCCGCCGCAAGCGGAGCUGGAGACGCUGGCGGUGGACCAGGUGAGCGAGGAGAAGGUGGUGCGGAAGCGCUCGGGAGCCGACAGGACAGUUUAACACUGCGACGCCAGCACACACACACACACACACACACACACACACACACACACACUACACCGCAAGAGCAGGAAGGAGCCUGACCCACUGUGUAGCCUGCUUUCUACGCAACACUGCAACAUGGAAAAGAUUAAAUAACGAUCAUUUUGUUCGCGGUGUUCCAUAAAGACUUUUGUUUUUCUUAAUUUACAUUAGAGAACUGUAAAGCAUGCCAAAAGUUUCUUAACCACAACCCGAUGAGAUCCUGUAUUAUACACACUUUGACUCUGUGCUUACGCUUUUCACUCUGUUCUGUCUUACGUGGUGCGUUCAAGUCUCAGCCAAAUAUCUGCAUCAGUGCCUGCUCGACCGGUUCCAGCUGCGUAGUGUAACAGCAACCUUUACAUAUCUGUCUGCUCCACCUUCUCAACGAUACUCCGGACGUAUCGACACACUAUAUACCGAGAUGUCUGCAGCUGCGUAGGGUUAGAAUUCAAACGAUUAAACUAAUACUCCCCGAAUGUCUUUCCUCUUCUUCUAUAAUCAGUAUAACGACUGUAGGAGCUGGCGGAAGGUGGAAGAGCUGUAAUUUCACCUUUCUGUUGUUGAAUUGCAAAAAAAAAAACACAAACAGCAGCGGUGCACAUGUGUGAAUGAAACGAUGGUUAAACAGGGCGUGAAUGUGUGUGUGAAAGAGUGUGUGUGUGUGUGUGUGUGAGAGACGAUGAAGGCUUCACUGAUGUUAUUUGUGAUAAAAGGGCAUUUUUUGCAAAUACUGCUGUAAUAGGAUUUUGUGAUAUUACUGACUGUACUUUAUAAAGGCUGUACAUUUGUAAUGAAUUCUUUUUUUUAAUUUGUUAUUAUUUAUUGUUUAAUAGAGAACGCAAAAGCACCUCAGAUACUGACGGUGGUCACUGCACCACCAACAUGACGGUAAUUAUAAUCACCUUAAUAAUCUGCUUUUCACAUUAAUAUCACCUGUCCUUGAAGUAAACGUAUAAACACAAUAAAGCAAUGCUGUUUUUUACAUUUGGUUUCUGUUUGUGCACGUGGAGAACAAAAGAGAGACCCUUCAGGAUUUAACAGCAGCUUUUCUGAAAGAUUGUGAUGCAUGUUUUUAAGUUUUAAAUUAAAUUGGGGGAAGAAAGUGAAAUUUGGGGAAAAUAGUGGUGAUUUCUUUUUGUAUAAUUCAUUAAAAAUUGAAGGCAACUUGUUCUAAACUUACACUGUUUGGAGGGCGGAUGUGUCUGAAUCUUCACAACUAGAAACAAAGAAGUGAGUUUCGCGUGCUGAUCGAAAACUACAGUUAUUGGACAGAAAUGCAAGGUGGCACAGAAUUCACAGGGAUUGGUUAGAUGUGUUAAUUGUUAAUUGUAAUUAAGCGUCUUAAUGAGGGGUUGGGCCUCAGAGAACUAACAUACUAACUAGUCUACUUUCUAGACUUGUUUGGUCUAGAAAAUGUUAGAAAAUAGUGACAAAUGUUGCUCAGUGUUUCCCAAAGCCCAACGU